UGACUCGCCUGAAAGUCAACACCGAGCGGCGGCGGCGGCGCGAGGAGCUCUGAGCUCGGCGGAGCGCGAGAGCGAGAGACGGGAGGACUGACGGCGGGGUGAGCAGCAGCUGCCGCCGCCGUGCUUUUCUCCGGCUCUGUAGGGCCGUUACCACAGUCAGGGCGGGCCGGGCGAGGCUGCUGUCACCGCGCCGCGUGUUGUAGUUACAGCAGCGGGCUGAGGAAGAUCCCUCACUCCGCCAGUCCGGGAAACUGCUGCUGCGGCUGGAGAGGGGGUGAACCCCGCCAGCGCCGGCGCCAGGCUGAGUCACUGCUGAGGAGUGGGAAGGUCUGAAGAGAGCGUGUGCGCGAGCGAGAGAGCGGGCAAGCAAGCGAGAGAGAGAGAGAAAGAGAGAGAGAAGCGUCGGAAGGAGGGGAAAGCCUCCAUAACAGCCUCCUCGACAGGAGAGAGAGAGACUGAGCGAGGGAACGAACCAGCGGACGAGCGAGGAGGGAAGCGACGGAGAGAAGGAGAGAGAGAGUGAGAGUGAGAGAGAGAGGGAGAGCACCAGCCAGCCAGGCAGCCAGAGAGGCAGGCAGGGAGGGAGAGAGUGAGUGAGUGAGGGAGACGCUGACCCCUCCCCUCUUCCUCUCCUCCUCCUCCUCCUCCUUCCUCCCCCCCCCCACACACACACACACACCCCUCCCCACUCCUUCUGGAGCUGGCGUGUAGCGGCGGAGAGCACACCGUGACAGAGGCAUCAUGAGCGAUGUCACCAUCGUCAAAGAAGGCUGGGUGCAGAAGAGGGGUGAAUAUAUUAAGAAUUGGAGACCGCGCUACUUUCUGCUGAAGACGGAUGGAUCCUUCAUCGGGUACAAGGAGAAGCCGCAGGAUGCAGACCUUCCCUACCCUCUCAAUAACUUCUCCGUCGCUAAAUGCCAGUUGAUGAAAACAGAACGGCCAAAGCCCAACACGUUCAUCAUCAGAUGUCUCCAGUGGACCACAGUCAUCGAAAGAACCUUCCACGUAGACACUCCAGAAGAAAGAGAUGAGUGGACAGAAGCGAUCCAGAUGGUGGCAGAUAAACUCCAAAGACAGGAAGAAGAGCGGAUCCAGUGCAGUCCCACGUCCCAGAUAGACAACAUCGGCGAGGAGGAGAUGGACAUUUCCAUCAGUCACCACAAACGCAAGACAAUGAAUGACUUUGAUUAUUUAAAACUCCUGGGAAAAGGCACUUUUGGUAAAGUCAUUCUUGUAAGAGAGAAGGCGAGUGGGAAAUACUACGCAAUGAAGAUUUUGAAGAAAGAAGUCAUUAUAGCAAAGGACGAAGUGGCUCACACGCUCACCGAGAGCCGAGUGCUGAAAAACACCAGACACCCUUUCCUAACUUCUUUGAAGUACUCAUUCCAAACAAAAGACCGCCUCUGCUUUGUGAUGGAGUACGUCAAUGGAGGAGAGCUGUUUUUCCAUUUGUCGAGAGAACGGGUGUUCUCGGAGGACCGCACGCGCUUCUACGGCGCCGAGAUCGUCUCCGCCCUCGACUACCUGCACUCCGCCAAGAUAGUGUACCGGGAUCUCAAGUUGGAGAACCUCAUGCUCGAUAAGGACGGACACAUUAAAAUCACAGACUUUGGGCUUUGUAAAGAAGGAAUCACUGAUGCUGCAACCAUGAAGACCUUCUGUGGAACGCCAGAGUACCUGGCUCCUGAGGUGCUGGAAGAUAAUGAUUAUGGCCGGGCAGUAGACUGGUGGGGUCUGGGCGUGGUCAUGUAUGAGAUGAUGUGUGGCAGGCUGCCCUUCUACAAUCAGGACCAUGAGAAGUUGUUUGAGUUGAUCCUCAUGGAGGACAUCAAGUUCCCGCGGACGCUGUCGGCUGAUGCUAAAUCUCUGCUUUCAGGCCUGCUAAUCAAAGACCCCAACAAGAGACUUGGCGGAGGUCCAGAUGAUGCUAAAGAAAUUAUGCGACACAGUUUCUUUGUUGGAGUCGACUGGCAAGAUGUUUAUGAUAAAAAGCUGAUACCUCCCUUCAAGCCUCAGGUGUCGUCAGAGACGGAUACCAGAUAUUUCGACGAGGAGUUCACGGCUCAGACGAUUACAAUAACCCCCCCUGAAAAAUUUGAUGAAGACGGAAUGGACUGUAUGGAUAACGAGCGGCGGCCGCACUUCCCUCAGUUUUCUUACUCGGCCAGUGGGAGAGAGUGAAGCCCCUCACAGCCAGCACUGCCUCAUCCUCAUCCUCACGCUUUACCACUGGAACACGGACUACUGCGUCCUCUGCUUCUCCACACUCAGACUUAGCCUAAGCCCCUCCCCCUCCUCCUCCUCCUCCACGGGGUACUCCCUCAUCGCUCUCUCUCAGCAGGCAGCAGAGGGCACCAGGACGGGACCGGGUUGAGUUUUAGGGUAAUGGGGUAGAUUUAGUUUUUGCACGUUGGGCUGGCCCGGGGUCCGGCCCGCUUAAACAACGUCCCCGGCAGCUUCAGCCCCUUCGGGUGGGCUGCCAGGUGGGGAAGAACUGUGCUGUUUAUUUUCUUUUGUGUGUGGAUUAGUUUUUUGUUGUUGUUUUUUUUGCUUUGUGAUGUUUAAAUGUCUCCUUCAGUGGGAGCAAAAAGCACUGAAGCUGCACACACCCUUCACUCCUUCACACACCCUUCACUCCUUCACACACCUUUCACUCCUUCACACAACUUUCACUCCUUCACACACCUUUCAAACUGUUCACACUAUUCCAUUUCAGAUCAGAGAACCAGCAUGGCUCCAGAUUCACAUCAGCGUUCAGACUGAACUGCUGCUUAUAUAAUACUGUAUUCAAUAUCUAGUACAGUGGACUGUCCCCCAGUUCUGUACACACAUACACACACAGGGUACCCACACACACACACACACACACACACUCUGCUGGACAGGUCACAUCUGUGCUCAACUCAGUAACAGGAUUAGCUUUAUUUCAGUCUCUCUGUCGCCCAGGGAACACCACUGAUAAUAUUACAAUUCAGACAGCACUGCAGCUCUCCCUCUCUCUCUCUCUCUCUCUGUUUCUCUCUCUCCUUUUCCCUAGCUCCCUCACUCACUCACUCUCUGUCUCUGUGGUUCACUUUCUCUCUCUCACUUUUUACCUAUUUUCUUUCUGUCAUUCACAGGGUCUCAGUCUCAUUUUUUUUUGUUUAUUUACAUCAUUCUCUGUUUCUUUCAUUAGUUUCUCCAUUUUGUUCCCUUUUACAUUCUUUAUUUCUUUCUCACAUUACCUUUAGGUACGCUUAUAUAUAUAUAUAUAUUCACACAUAUAUAUAUAUAUAUAUAUAUAUAUAUAUAUAUAUAUAUAUAUAUGACCCACACUUACUGAUCACAUGAUCCUCAUUCCAAGUACGAGGGCUUUCUGUUCCACACAUCAUUCCAUCAUUCACUGAGAUAAAUCUUCUGUCAUUCCAUUUAAUGGAGAAAUUCUAAUAGUUACUGAUAAUCAGUGGAUCUGAGGAGAUCUGAGGAGUCUCUGCACAGUUCCCGGCUCACUCAUAAGAAAACUCUCUAAUUGGGCUUAAGGAUCAGCAUCCUGUUCAAACAGCCAAACAGAUGUUCUGACUCCACUUCCUCUGAGUAGUCAGUAAUGCAACCGCUGGGGCUGAGUAAAGCCUGCUUUAGCUGAUGGAGGGCAGAUGCACUGUCGUGUUGUUUUACAAUAGGGAAUACGGUUUAUAAAACCGGGGUUCUGAUCAUUUAUUUAUUAUUUUCGUCUGUUGUCUGUUUGUCCUCGUCUUUAAAAAAAAAGUGUUGUCCGGAUGUUCCUCGUUGGACACAAAUGCACCUACAAAUGGCUUAAGAAUGUAAAUUGGGCAAUGCAAAGGCCUUCACUUUAUUUUGUUUUCUUCUUCUUCCUUUUUAUUAGGAAUUGUGGUGUCUGUUUCUUUAUUUUUGUGAACAAGUCAUGGUGAAAACAGCUUGUGAGAGUCCCUUUCACACCAUUGUAGCAUGGCUGCUUUCUCUGCUUUUUUAUUUAUUAUUAUUAUAAUUAUUAUCAGUUUUCCCCUUCACCCGUUUUCUGCGUAAUGAGUUGUUUUGAGUGUUGCUGAAUCGUGUCCUCUGUCCCCAUACAAAGGGCUGCACAACCUGGUCCUCUCAAAAACACAAAGCCGCUGCGAUGCUCUGGCAGUGGGGAAAGUGUGGCUUUCACUAGCGUAUGUAAAUACAAGAGCAUGGCACUGAGCAGCUCUGUCUAGUGAGACUUAACAAUGUGCUUUCUUCUGGCAAUUUCCCACGGCUGGCCACGG